GGGGAGGAGUGCACAUGUUGUAUGUGCAGCAGUAGUUUUUCUACCAUUUAUUACAAAUUCUCAACAAUUCUCAAAUCUCACUCAAUCUCAACCAAGGAAAAGAGAAAGCUGUUGUGGAAACACCGAGAGGCGAGAAAGCUGAGAGACCACAGUCCGUCGGUCUGCCCGUGCGUCCACUGUCCACGCGCCACCGGUCAGUGCAACGAUUCCAGCAGGUGAUCUGAGAAUUGACUCUUGCAUAUCUGUUGUGCAUAUGUUGUAUGUGAGUGUAGACACAUGCAUGGAGCAAUACCUAUAAAUGGACCAAAACGAUCUGGUUCGAUUGGUUGCAUGACCCAGUCAAGACCACGUGGUGUUUGCAAAUCUUGAAAUGAAGAGGCACAAUAUUUGACCUUGAAUAUAUACAAGCUAGGGAGUAGGGACUGCGCGCAACAGAACCAUGCACCUUCUCCCAAAACCUCUAUCCAGAAGUAUGCUCUUUCCUCAUGCAUCCUCUGCAACUUUCAUGGCCAGUAUCUUCGCCUUUUUUUCUGUUCCUCUUCUUUCUAUUAUGGAUAUUAAGAAGAGCCCGAAUAACUGCUCCUAAAACAACACUUCCACCACAAGCCGGUGGCGCGUGGCCUUUGAUUGGCCACCUCCACCAAUUACGAGGGACAACAGCAGCCCAUAUAACACUGGGUAACAUGGCCGAUAAGUAUGGAUCAAUCUUCACUAUCCGGCUGGGCAUACAUCGGGCUCUGAUAGUGAGCAGCUGGGAGAUAGCAAAAGAGUGCUUCACCACUAAUGACAAAGUCUUUGCCAGCCGUCCAAAAGCUAUAGCUGCAGAACUCAUGGGCUACAACUAUGCCAUGUUAGGGUUUAGCCCUUACGGUCCUUACUGGCGCCAAGUGCGUAAAAUAGCCACCCUCGAGCUCCUAUCAAACCACCGGCUUGAGAUGUUCAAAGACAUCCGAGUGUCUGAGACUCUCCCUCUCCCCUUUUGCAUAAUUAUCUGCAACCAACUCUAGGGUUUUUACAAAUUUCACCAAGAAGCAAGAUUUAUCAUAGCCUCAAGAAAUGAAGACACGAAAAAAGACAGUAGGAGCAGGCCGAGGCCUGUGUCAUGUUGAGGACUGUGACAACUUUUCUCCUGUUGAUGUGGCUGACAAUAUACACAUGUUAUCAUCAGUGCCACUAGAGUCAUCGGAGGGCCAUUAUUCUGAUGAGUCGCCUAAUGCUAUACCCCCAUCAACAAACAUUGAUUCACAUGGAUCCAUACCCACUCAGACUUCUAGAACAUCUGUUAGAAAGACUAGGGGUAAGAACAAGAACAAGAGGUUGAAUGAGUUAGUAAAGAACGGUUCGAUCGAUUUACUAUUUGAGGAUGAGUGUCGGGCACCUGUCGGCGAAAAUUCCUCAUGUUGGUCGAGGGAGAUUUCUGAGGUUGUGAAAAACCACUGUGACCUUCAUCAUGUUCGCUGGGGCUAUGUCCCAAAUUCAAUGAAGGAGAUGUUAGAAGCUUUGGUGAUGGAUAACUUCAAAUUGGAUUUGUCACAAAAAUCACACCAGAGUGGCUUAGGGUUUCAACUGGGAAAAUGUUAUAGCAGGUAUCGCUCUGAGCUAUACCAAGCCUACCAACGAAAUUUUGAAGGCCUUGAUAUGACAGAUUCUACAGCGGUGGCCAAUGCUAAAGUUGAGGCAAGGGACAAUGUUCCUAAAGGUGUUUCUCGGGAAAAAUGGCCUGCUAUAUGUGACUCAUUCGAAUCGAAGUAUUGGGUGGAGACGUCUGCUCGAAAUAAGAAAAAUAGAAGCGAAAUGGUAACAAAUCAUACCACUGGCAGCUGUUCGUUCGUCAAUGUUAUUUACAAGACGACAAAGGCUACUUCUCAAAGGCCCAAACCUAUCGCAAUUUAUAAGGACACCCACAUAAGAAAGAACGGGACUUUUGUGAACCCAGAGGUUGAGAAGCUAUAUAAUGAAAUGGAGUCAAUGGCAAAUGAUGACAACUUGAAUUCCAUCGAAGAAGAAAUAUUUUCUCAAGUGCUAAGGGGACAUCGCUCAGGACACGUUCGAGGAAUGGGAGGCGGUGUCAUACCUACACCGUCAAGUUCCUCGCUUGCGCGCCACCCCACCCAGUUUGCCGGCCACAAUGAGUGCAUGAUUAAACAGCAAGAGACUGAGAUAAGAUUGGAAGAAUCGUUAUCCCACAUUUCUACUCUGCAGGCAUCAAAUGCUACUCUGUAGGAAUCAUAUACUACUCUGCAGGCAUCAAAUGCUACUCUGCAGGCAUCAAAUGCUACUCUGCAGUCAUCAUAUGAUACUAUGCAGGCACAGUUGGAUAGUAUACUACAACAUAUUCGAGGGCAUGGAGGGAGCUCUAGUGGAGGCCAUUGAUGAUGAAAGCGGCAUUUGAGAGCACUUAGGUUGUAUUUUGUUUAAGACUUUGUUAUAAUGACUUUGUUUAAGACUUUGUUUAAGACUGUGUUUAAGACUUUGUUUAAGCUUUGGUUUGUAUUAGAGGGUAAGAACUUCAGACAAUUUUCUCUUUAAGAACUUUGAGUUAGUAAACCUCCCUUGACAUGUUUAUCGAGGUUAAAUAACUUUGUGUAAACAAUGCAAGGGAGCAAAAUUAUAUAACACUAUUUCAUUUUUAAGUGUAUGUAGGAUGUAAAGAGAGAGGUAUGCAAGAAAUUGUGGCGCUAAAAGAUUCAAGUGAUGCUUGUCAAUUCGAACAAAUAUUGUUUGUAUUACAAGGUAAGAGAUUUCGUGCAAUUUUCCGUUUUAAAACUUUGAAUAGUAAACCUCUCUUGACAUGUUUAUCAAGGUCAAAGAACUUUGAAUAAACAAAGCAAGAGAGUAAAAUUAUA